AUGACAUAUCACGGCCAGAGGAUAGAACGUGUUGCAAACGUCUAUAUCUCAUCGCAUGGUGUUCCAGGUCGCGAGCAGUUCGUCAGCCAUCUGGAAACUUAUGCAGAAGAAAAGACAAAGAUUCCAGCAAUUGAAGACCAAAAAGGCCCAGCCUUGAUCUACAUAUCUGCUGGCGCAUGGUAUACCCAUCCCCACUAUAGAGGUAUCGGGUCUACUGCCCUUGAUCCCUGGGACGAUCGUUUCUCGGCAUAUCAGGAUCAUCUAUCAAAAGUCGACAAAUUCAUUGGUGACAAUACACCACAUGAAGAUUGGUUCAGCGUACCAAUGGAUCCACGAGAUGGUAUUGGAAACCAGAUCUUCUACGCACCGCCCGCUGGGCCGCGAUAUCUGGGUAAUGAUACAAAAAUGGUUAUUGACAGAGGUCGCCGAGCAGAAGAAGUCAUCGAGAUGCAGGACUGGCUUCUGGAAAAGGAGGAUGACUUCAACAUCCCGUUCGUUUGGUCUAUCGCCAACGUUGUCGAGGGUCAAGACAAGGUCUGGCGCGAUCCCCUCCGCACCGGCUUUCACGUCAAGUUUCACGUCGCAGAGCUUCGAGCCAACAUUCUUCUGAACAUGCGAUGCAAUGCGAAGCUGGACCGCAUGAAGCCAUAUCCCUAUUCACGGACAUGCUGCACCGAUUAUGGCGUCAAGCCAAUGGUGCAGCUUUCCGUGGUAGCAUUUGGUAUCGUGUACCUGGCUGCUUGCAUCAUUUGCGAGAUCUUGGAUAUGUGUGCCGAUCGAAGUCCCGACCAGCCUCGCUUUAAGCUACUCAACAUGCAAGCCGGAUGUCUCGUAUUAGCACUUCUGAUGUGCUACUACGCUGACCGCACACAGAUGAUGGCAAAGGGAAGCAAGCUUUGGCAACUCAAAGACUUUGUCGCGCUUUGCAUUGCCUACAUUGCAAUCAUGUUGGCCACUAUUCGACGUAUCAAAUCGCCUGUCCCGGAGGAUCUGUCAGUGGAUAUAAAAGAUGCAGACCAACCAUUCCUCUCACGAGAUCAGACCGAUGAGUGGAAAGGAUGGAUACAGGUCUUCAUUCUUAUCUAUCACUGGACUGGUGCUCAGGGUGGCUCAACCUACGUUCUCAUCCGAGUAUGCGUUGCGGCAUAUCUUUUCCAAACGGGCUACGGACAUACGCUUUACUUCCUGAACAAGAACGACUUCUCAUUCAACCGUGUCGCGGCCAUGUUACUUCGCCUCAACAUACUGAGCUGCUGUCUCGCGUACUUCAUGGAUACAGACUACGUGUUCUACUACUUCCCAUCUCUCUUGUCGUUCUGGUUCCUCGUCGUUUACGCGACAGUGGCGACUAGACCAAGAUACAACGGCGAUUUGCAGGUUAUGCUGGCCAAGAUAUGCAUGUCUUGUCUCUUUGUAUCGAUGAUAUUCAUGGGUACGCCUCUUACGCGUUGGGCCUUUGAGAUUCUCAACACUGUUUUCAAGGUCCAGUGGAAUUAUAAGGAAUGGCAUCGCCGCGUCACACUCGACAUGCUCAUCGUCUACGUUGGUAUGCUGACAGCCGUUGUCAACCGGCACUUGAAGAAGCCUGUUCACCUAGGACUUCGUGUAGCACUUGCUCUGGCUGGCUUCUUCGCCACGACACAUUAUUUCUUCGCGACCUCAGGUCUUCGCAUGGCUGCGUACUCGACAUGGCAUCCGUACGUAUCACUUGUGCCAAUCCUGGGUUUCAUUGCCAUGCGAAACGUCUCGGGUCCUGUUCGAAAUUAUCACUCCAAAGCUAUGGCUUGGCUAGGCCGUUGCUCGUUGGAAACCUACAUCCUCCAGUUUCACAUCCUCCUCGCGGCCGAUACCGAGGGUGUUCUCAUUGUCGAUGGUCUGGUUGGCGAUGGAUCACUCAUGAGAGAUCGAUGGAGGACUCUGGUGAUCAUUCUGCCAAUUUUCCUAUGGAUCAGUCACGCGGUCGCUGGUUCUACAGCAUACAUCGUCAAGAUGAUCAUGCAUCAAGGCACAGAAGAUGAGAAGUUCAGCGGAUCUUCUUUUUGGGUUUGGUUGGAGAAGAUUCCGGGUUUCUCCGGCCUCUCAGCACCCAAAAUCAGGGCUCUUGAGCUCGAGACUCUCAGCCUCACUCACGAGGCCGGUGCAACGCCGAAGCAGCCAAACCCGGUUCUAUCAACAACGGGGCGUCGGCUUGGGUCGCGCAAUGACCAGGAGGACGAGCACGACAAUUUCACUGGCUCAGGCGAUGAGGCCGCACCCCCAAGGGCCACUCUUGUUGUCGAGAAGUGGAAUGAACCCAUUGGCAAUGCCUUUCGAGUCGGCGCUGUCUAUUGGAGUCUUUUCGUCUCAGGCGCCAACGACGCAGCAUACGGAGCUUUGAUCCCUUAUCUGGAGACCUACUACGAGCUCUCUUACCUCGUUGUCUCGCUCAUCUUUCUCUCACCGUUCGUCGGCUUCAUCGUCUCGGCUGCCGUCAACAACUAUCUUCACAUGAACAUCGGUCAGCGAUGGAUCGCUUUCAUGUGCGGAGGCUGCCACGCCUUGACAUAUCUUAUCUUAUCGCAGCAUCCGCCUUAUCCUGUCCUCGUCCUGGCCUAUGUCCUUGCUGGUCUGGGUAAUGGAAUUGGACUUGCUGCUUGGAACUCGUACAUUGGCAAUUUGGCGAGGUCUAAUGAGUUACUGGGUUUUAUGCAUGCCAGCUAUGGGCUUGGAGGAACUGUUAGCCCUCUUAUUGCGACUAGCAUGAUCACCCAGGCCAACCUUGGCUGGUAUGACUUUUACUAUGUGCUUCUGGGUAUGGCUGUUCUUGAGACCGCAACUCUCACCUACUCCUUCUGGCCCAAGACAGCUCAGAAGUAUCGUGAGGCUGUUCAUACUGAGGGCACUCGCAACGAAGGCACGCGAGCCGCCCUCUUCGUCAAGCCUCAUGCUCGCGUUGUUUGGCUUUGUGCCUUCUUCCUACUCGGCUAUGUUGGUACCGAAGUCGCUCUCGGCGGCUGGGUCGUGCAAUUCAUGUUGCGCGUUCGUAACGCUGACCCUUUCGAUGCUGGAAUGACCGCCGUCGGCUUUUGGCUGGGCAUCACUGUCGGUCGCCUAGUUUUGGGCAUGGUAAUUCCCAAGAUCGGUGUCAAGCUGUCUCUCAUGAUCUUCAUUCCUAUCACCAUGGGCCUGCAGCUCAUCUUCUGGCUCGUCCCGCAAUUCCACGUCUCAGCCGUGGCAGUUUCCUUGCAGGGCUUCUUCCUGGGACCCAUGUUUCCUUGUGUUAUUGUUGCACUUACAAUGCUUCUUCCGCGACAUCUCCACGUCAGCGCAAUUGGCUUCGCAGCUGCGUUUGGCGGAAGUGGUGCGGCUGUGCUGCCCUUUGCAGUUGGCGCGAUUGCGCAAGCCAAGGGAGUGCAGGUUCUUCAGCCAAUUAUUCUCGCCAUUCUGGCUGUUCUGUUCGUAAUCUGGCUUGGCCUACCUAAGAUCGAGAAGAGAAAGGAUUAA